AUGUUUUUGUCACAGGCUCGUGGGCGGAUGCCCUCGGCCAUUCGAGCUUUUCAGAAUGCCUCUCUCGCUUCUCGCUCACUUUCGACCACUCUCCCACGCCACAAGGAUGACACCCUCAACAAGGUGUCGCGGAAUAUCACGCAGCCCAUCUCGCAGGGUGCGUCGCAAGCCAUGCUGUACGCCACCGGCCUGUCCGAAAGCGACAUGAACAAGGCACAGGUCGGAAUCUCGUCGGUCUGGCUGACGGGAAACCCGUGCAACAUGCACCUGCUGCAGCUUAGCAAUAUAGUGAAAGAGGGCGUGGAAAAGGCAGACUUGAUCCCGUACCAGUUCAAUACGGUGGGUGUCAGUGACGGAAUCAGUAUGGGUACCAAGGGCAUGCGGUUUUCGCUGCAGAGCCGAGAUCUGAUUGCCGACUCGAUCGAGACUGUCAUGGGCGGACAGUGGUAUGAUGCGAAUAUCAGCAUUCCCGGAUGCGACAAGAACUUGCCCGGUGUUUUGAUGGCGAUGGGAAGGAUUAACAGACCCAGUAUCAUGGUCUACGGAGGGUCUAUCAAGCCUGGAUGUGCUGCCACGCAAAACAAUGCCGAUAUUGACAUUGUUUCUGCUUUCCAAGCCUACGGACAGUUUUUGAGCGGCGACAUUAACGAGGAGAAACGCUUUGAUAUUAUCCGUCACGCCUGCCCCGGCCAGGGUGCCUGUGGCGGCAUGUACACUGCAAACACCAUGGCCAGUGCCAUUGAAAUCAUGGGCAUGACUCUUCCGGGCUCUUCUUCCAACCCCGCCGACUCCAAGGCCAAGGAGCUUGAAUGCUUGGCCGCAGGUGCAGCCAUCAAGAACCUGCUGGUCGAAGAUAUCCGUCCAUCGGACAUUUUGACCCGCCAGGCCUUUGAGAACGCGAUGAUUCUCGUCAACAUCACCGGAGGCUCGACCAACGCGGUUCUCCAUCUGAUUGCCAUUGCCGACUCGGUCGGCAUCAAGCUAACCAUUGACGACUUCCAGGCUGUCUCUGAUCGCACGCCCUACCUGGCCGAUCUGAAGCCGUCUGGCAAGUACGUUUUCAACGAUUUGUACAACAUCGGUGGCACGCCCUCUCUCAUCAAGUUUAUGCUGAAAGAAGGCUUGAUUGACGGCUCCUGCAUUACGGUUACCGGAAAGACACUGGCUGAAAACGUCGAAAAGGUCCCCGACUUCCCCGACGACCAAAAAAUCAUCCGCCCGCUCUCACAGCCCAUCAAGGAAACAGGUCACAUCCAGAUCCUGCGCGGUAGUCUGGCCCCCGAGGGCUGUGUCGGUAAGAUCACGGGCAAAGAGGGCACUGUGUUCAAGGGCAAGGCGCGUGUGUUUGACGAAGAGGACGCUUUUUCGGCUGCCCUCGAGCGCAAAGAGAUCAAGAAGGAUGAAAAGACUGUGGUUGUUAUCCGAUACUGCGGCCCCAAGGGCGGGCCUGGAAUGCCUGAAAUGCUGAAACCCUCGUCCGCCCUGAUGGGCGCGGGUCUCGGCGAUUCGUGCGCCCUCAUCACCGACGGCCGCUUCUCUGGCGGUUCUCACGGCUUCCUGAUCGGUCACAUUGUGCCCGAAGCAGCCGUGGGCGGACCCAUUGGCCUGGUCAAGGACGGCGACGACAUCACAAUUGACGCUGAACAGCGCGUUCUGGACCUGCACGUCGCUGAGGAGGAGCUGGCGUCGCGCCGCAAGCAGUGGGAUGCAGACCGCGCGGCGGGCAAGCUGCCACCUACGGGCUUGACGCUGAGGGGUACUCUGGGUAAAUAUGCUCGAUUGGUGGGUGAUGCUAGCCACGGGUGCGUUACGGAUACUUUGUAA